AUGGGAACAAUUCUACUUCUCUUCUUGUGUUUUCUUCCAGGUUGCUUAGCCUUGACCUCAACCAACAUCGCCACUGAUCAAUCAUCUCUUCUUGCGUUGAGAGCUCAAAUUUCAUUUGACCCUCAAGAAAUCUUGGCAAAAAACUGGUCUGUUGCCUCGCCUGUUUGUGACUGGAUUGGGGUUACCUGCAGCUCUGGCCAUCGUAGAGUGACUGCUUUGAACAUUUCAAACAUGGGUCUUAGUGGAACCUUACCUCCCCAGUUGGGAAACCUGUCAUUUCUCGUUUCUCUUAACAUGAGUAGGAACAAUUUCCGUGGAGAACUGCAACCAGAACUUGCUCGAUUGAAUCGAUUAAAAGUACUGAAUUUGGCCGUCAACAACCUCAAUGGAUUGCUUCCUAACUGGUUUGGAUCAUUUCAAGGACUCGAAUUUCUCUCUCUCAGAAACAACAGCUUCACCGGUCUUAUCCCGCCUUCCAUCUCCAACAUGUCAAAGCUAGCAACUUUAAUCCUUGUUAACAACUCUCUUGAAGGCAAAAUCCCGGAAGAGAUCUUCAACAUUUCCUCACUGGAAAUGAUUUCCUUGGGAGUUAACAGCUUGUCUGGAAGUCUUCCGGAUUACAUGUGUUUCCAUCUUCCGAGACUGAGAUUCAUUGGCCUAUCAAUGAAUAAAUUCAGUGGUCAAAUACCAUCAAAUUUAGCUCAAUGUUCAGAACUUCAGGCUCUGUCUUUUUCCUUCAACAAAUUCACUGGAAACACACCAAAAGAAAUAGGGAACCUGAAGAAGCUUGAGGUGAUAUAUUUCGCCAUGAACAGUUUAACAGGUGAAAUUCCAAAAGAGCUUGCAAAUUUGACCAUGCUCAAGUUCUUAGACUUAUCUGAUAACAACAUAACAGGCGAAAUACCAAGAGAGAUCAGCAACUUACACAAUCUGGAAAAACUCAACUUGGGGUGGAAUAACGUGAGUGGUUCCAUACCAGUGGAGAUCUUCAACCUCUCCAGGCUAAAAUUGAUGUCGCUUGCAGGAAAUAAACUUUCAGGCAUUCUUCCUUCAACAGUGUUUUAUGGGCUUCCCAAUUUAGAAGAACUUUAUUUGAACAAUAAUAACUUUGUUGGAGAUAUUCCCGAGUCCAUCUCAAAUUCUUCUAGACUUUAUUUCAUAAUAUUGUCUGACAAUAAAUUCACAGGGCCGAUUCCCAUUUCCAUUGGUAAUCUAAGGCUCCUUCAAGUGCUGGACUUAACAAACAACAAUUUAGUCUGUGACUCUUCCUAUCCAGAGUUGAGCUUCGUCUCUUCCUUAGCAAACUCCAAGAACUUGAGAAAAUUAAGUGUGAGUAACAAUCCACUAAAUGGUAUUCUUCCAGAUUCUGUUGGGAACCUUUCUGCCUCACUACAAACAAUGUAUGCCUACGGUUGUGGACUCAGGGAUCGCAUUCCUGAUAGAAUUGGGAAUUUGAGCAAUUUGAUUAUCUUAAGUCUAUACAAUAAUCAGUUGACUGGAUCAUUGCCCAUUACGGUAACGGGUUUGCUAAAGCUUCAAGCAAUAAUGCUUCACAUCAACAAACUAAGCCAAGUCAGCCUAGAAUACUUCUGCUCCUUCAACAAUUUGGGUGUUAUAUCUCUCAGCUUCAAUCAAAUUGUGGGAUCAAUACCAGAGUGCAUAGGAAAUGUUACUUCUCUGAGAUAUCUUUACCUAGCUUCCAAUAAAUUCAACUUUGCACCUAAAAGCUUGUGGAACCUUAAAGAUCUUUUAGUGCUCGACCUCUCCUCCAAUUCAUUAACUGGCCCUCUACCUCUUGACGUUGCAAACUUGAAAAUUGCAACUGCCAUAGACAUGUCAAAAAAUCACUUCUCUGGUGGCAUUCCUACCACAAUUGGAGAUAUGCAGAACCUGAAUCAACUUUCCUUAGCCCACAACCAACUGCAAGGUUCCAUUCCAGAGUCAAUUGGUAGUAUGUUAAGUUUGGCAAAGUUGGAUCUAUCACGGGUGAUACUAGUUUUAGGUGCCAUGUCCUUGGGAUUCAUUUACCUAAGAUAUCAAAGGAAAGAUGGAAGUCCCAUUGAAGCAUAUUUGUCGGUGGUUGCAACACAAGAAAGAAUUUCACAUCACAAACUUUUACAAGCAACUGAUGGAUAUCAUGAAAGAAAUUUGCUGGGAAAAGGAGGCUUUGGAUCUGUUUAUAAAGGCACUCUCGAUGAUGGGAGGGUUGUGGCUGUUAAAGUGUUUGACUUACAAUUAGAAGGAGCAUUGAAGAGUUUUGAUGCAGAAUGUGAAGUAUUGCGAAAUCUUCGCCACAGAAACCUCACUAAAGUCAUUAGCUGCUGCUCUAACCCUGACUUCAAAGCAUUGGUUCUGGAAUUUUUGCCUAAUGGAAGUCUUGAGAAGUGGUUUUAUUCCAAUGACUGUUUUCUAGAUAUUAUUCAGAGAUUGGACAUCUUGGUGGAUGUCGCUUCUGCACUGCAGUAUCUCCACUAUGAGUAUUCAACACCAGUGGUGCAUUGUGAUUUGAAACCUAGUAAUGUCCUGCUAGAUGAAGAUAUGGUUGCCCAUGUAAGUGAUUUUGGUCUUACAAAGCUGCUGGCUCCAGAGGAGGGCAUUGCAUACACCAAAACACUAGCCACACUUUGUUAUCUUGCACCAGGAUUAGUAUCAGUCAAAUGCGAUGUUUAUAGUCUUGGAAUUAUGAUGAUGGAAGUUUUUACAAGAAUGAACCCCAGCAAUGAAAUGUUCGGUGAGAAUUUGAGCCUAAGGAGUUGGGUUCUUGAUUCUAUGGCAAAUGCAUUAGCUCAAAUUAUAGAUGCCAAUUUGCUAAGCGCAACCGACGAUCACUUUCUUGAGAAGCUGGACUGCAUUUCAUCCAUCAUGAAAGUGGCUCUAAAUUGCACGAGGGAGUCUCCAGGAGAGAGAAGCAAUAUUCAAGAUGUUCUUGAAGCACUAGUAAAGAUCAAACUUCAGCUACUGCCAUUAGUUUAG